UCAUAGUUGAGUAGGAAAGGGACGUGAGAUGGGUAGCAUUUGUUACAAUACGAAGCUGUGGUGUGGUUUUCGGAGUGGAAACUGCCCUUACAACACCAAUUGCAACUUCUCUCAUGGUAUGGAAGAACUGCGGAAGCCUCCGCCAGGGUGGGAAGACUUAUUUGCAUCACAAGAGCUUCCACUUCAACCACCUAGUGACACUGGCGGUCAAAGGGCAUUGGAAGCUGCCACGGGAUCGACGGAUUCGGUUUGCAACCUUGAAUGCUCGCUCUUUGAAAGGGAAACUAGGUUGUGUAAGAAAUGGGAUUAUACAGGUCAGUGUCUUAUUGAAGAUAAAUGUCAUUUUGCCCACGGUUCUGAUGGAGAGCUUGUAGGUAAAACACCCUUACAAGGUAUAUAUCGUACUCAAACCGAAUAACCUCAGAGGAUGAUUUGUCUCUUGUUAUCCAAGUCCAAGUCCUUUUUACGCCUGUCGUAAACAUUCCCGAAUAGGAAAAGUUUUGAAUAUGCCUUUGAAAUUGGUUUUUACAUCAAGGCCAAUGGAAUUGCUCAGACAGAUAUACAUGAUGCGUAUUCGUUCUCAUGCAAGUAUGUCUUAGAAUGUUUGCAAACAUCAUGACUAUUUGUGUGCAGCAUCCACCUUA